GUUUCUCGAUUCGCGGCGUAUCGAUUCCCAACGGCCGCGCGGUUUGAAUCCAACGGGAGCGGAUUUGAAAGAAACGCGGCGACUCGGAGAUUCACUUGGAGAUACUCACUCAGAGAUAUACAGAUAGAUACUCAGAGAUAGAUAGAUAGAUAGAGAUAUAUAGAGAGAUACACAGAGAUAUACAGAUAGAGAGAGAUAGAGAUACACAGAGAUAUACAGAUAGAGAUACAUAGAGAUAUACAGAGAGAGAGAUAGAGAUACAUAGAGAUACACUCAGAGAUACACACAGAGAGAUACUCAGAGAUAGAUACUCAGAGAUAUAUAGAGAGAUACACAGAGAUAUACAGAUAGAGAGAGAGAUACAUAGAGAUACACAGAUAUACAGAUAGAGAGAGAUAGAGAUACACUCAGAGAUACACAGAGAUAGAGAUACAGAGAUAGAGAGAUAGAUAGAGAUAUACAGAGAUAUACAUAGAGAGAUACACACAGAGAUACAUAGAGAUAGAGAGAUACAGAGAUACAUAGAGAGAUAGAUACAGAGAGAGAUAGAUACAGAGAGAUAGAGAGAUACAUAGAUAGAGAUACAGAGAGAGAUACAGAGAUACACACAGAGAGAGAUACAUAGAGAUAGAGAGAUACAGAUAUAUAUACAUAGAGACACAGAGACGCGAACACACGGAGAUUCACACUCAGAGAGAGACAGAGAUACAUAGAGAGAUACACACCGAGAUACAGAGAUAGAUACAUACAGAUACACAGAGAUACAGAGAUACACACAGAGAGAUACACACAGAGAGACACAGACACACACAGACACACAGAGACACAGACAGACACACACACAGUCACACACAGACACACACACACACAGAGACACACACACAGACACACACAAACAGACACACACACAGACACACACACAGACACACACACAGACACACACAACACACAGACACACACAGACACACACACACAGAGACACACACACAGACACACACAAACACACACAGACACACACAGACAGACAGAGACACACACAGUCACACACAGACACACACAAACACACACAGACACAGACAGACACACACACAGUCACACACAGACACACACAGACACACACACACAGACACACACAAACACACAGACACACACACACAGACACACACACACAGAGACACACACACAGACACACACACAGACACACACAAACACACACAGACACACACAGUCAGACAGAGACACACACAGUCACACACAGACACACACAAACACACACAGACACAGACAGACACACACACAGUCACACACAGACACACACAAACACACAGACACACACACACAGACACACACACACACAGACACACACACAGACACACACAAACACACACAGACACACACAGACAGACAGAGACACAGACACACACAGAGACAUCACAGACAGACACAGACAGACACACACAGACACACACAGACAGACACAGCGAGGAGUGAUGGCUGGAGUGGUGACACGUGAGGGCAUCACGCUGCGUGGAAGCUCGGAGAUUGUUGCCGAAUAUUUCUUCUACGGACUCAGCUCCAUCCUGUACCAGCGAGGCGUCUACCCAGUGGAGACGUUCCAGAGAUCCAUCAAGUACGGCAUGAGCCUCUACACCAGCACAGACCCCAAGCUGGUGUCCUACCUCACCAGCGUCACCACUCAACUAAAGGAGUGGCUGGUGAGCUGCACGGUGCAGAAGGUGGUGCUGGUCCUGGCUGAGGUCUCUUCUGGGGCCGUCGUAGAGCGAUGGCAGUUCGACAUCCACUGUGACAAGACGGCGCUCACAGCCGGAGGGCCUCCGAGGGAGAAGUCACUCAAGGAAAUCAACGACGAAAUGAAGGCGGUGAUAGUGCAGAUCACGGCUACGGUCACAUUCCUACCGCUACUGCAAGAGACCUGUUCGUUUAACCUGCUGGUCUACACGGACACGGACUCCGACAUCCCAACUCUGUGGGAGACAUCCGGACCGCUGGCGGUGGAGGGCGGUCAGGAAGUCCGUCUUCGAUCGUUUAGCACGUCCAUACACAGCGUUGGUACCUCCGUGGCUUACAAGACUACCUAGAUACUAUAUAUAUAGUACUAUAUACACAGUACUAUAUACUACACACACAGUACUAUAGACUACACACAGAGACACACACACAGUACUAUAUACUACACACAGAGACACACACACAGUACUAUAUACUACACACACAGUACUAUAGACUACACACAGAGACACACACACAGUACUAUAUACUACACACAGAGACACA